AUGAGUACUGGGUGGCAGGCCUCGAAAGAAACAAUCAUCUUUAUCAACAUAACCCCAUUGGCCUCAACAAUAGCCUCGACAGCACGCCGGUUUGAGGAUGCCGACAACCAAAGCACGCUCCGGAAAAACCGAGACCGAAAAUCAAUAUACCAAAUUUCUGCCGCCACACGGCCUGUACUAAUUUAUCAGCGACACCCGCAAAUUCAAGACUUUUUAUCGUGUCGCCGGAUUCCAACUUUUCCCACCCCGCAUCGAUUUCCCAUCUUUCAUUCUCGCUUCCCGUUCCGCUAUCCCGGAUCCCCACUCUGCGGCCUCCCUCACACGUCCUCUCAGCAUCCCCCUCCCUCUCCACGCACCGAGCUUUCCGCCGUCACCAUGUCCAUUGACACCAAAGUCGCUGUCAGCGGCGUCAGCGGCUUCAUCGGUGCCCAAGUCGCCUGCGACCUUUUGCACCGCGGGUAUACCGUCCACGGCACCGUGCGCAAGAAUGUCCCGGAGAAGACCCAGCAUCUCACCGCGCUCGACGGAUAUCCGGGUGCGCUCAAGAUUUUCGAGGCCGACCUAUUGGUGCCCGGGUCGUUUGAUGAGGCGGUUGCCGAUUGCGAUUAUGCAAUGCAUAUCGCGAGUCCGUACUUCCUGAACGCCAAGGACCCACAAAAGGAUCUCAUCGAUCCAGCGGUGAAUGGUACGCUAUGCUUUUUGAAGGCUUGUCAUAAGGCUUUGGUGAAGAAGGUUGUGCUCACGUCCUCGUUUGCGGCUGUCACUGAUCACGGGGAGAAAAACAAGGUCUUUGAUGAGGGUGAUUGGAACACCACCUCGACUGUAGACAGUCUUGCCUACUAUCACUCGAAGGCUAUGGCGGAACGAGCAGCAUGGAAAUUCGUAGAAGAAACUGCCCCCGAGAUGAAGCUCGUCGUGAUCAACCCGGUCGGAGUUAUCGGACCGUCUCUAAUCAAGCCCAUGAAUGAGACAAUGACUAUUAUCGCCAACACUGUUGAAGGGAAGUUCUAUGGUGUCGUUGACCUAUCCUUUACUUUUGUUGAUGUCCGUGAUGUAUCUGAAGCUCACAUACGGGCGAUGGAGUCAGACACCGCCUCAGGCCGUUACAUAUGUUGUUGCGAUAGGCUUGUCUCACACCGCGAGCUUGUAGAUCUCUUGGUUGAAGCAGGUUUCCAACCGCCAACGAGAAGUUUAGUCUCAAAGGUCAUGACGUCUGUCAUAAAGACGAUGAGUUAUGUCGUCCCCGGUGGUGAAGCUGGUGUGUUCACACGGAACCAACUUGGAAAUUCACCAGUGCCUACCAACGCGAAAAUAAUUCAAGAUCUUGAUAUGGAAUUUAGAGACGCAGCCGCUAUCGUCAAAGAGACCAUUCAAGAUAUGAUACGACAUGGACAUAUCACCCCUGAAAACUAAGUCUUUAUUUUGAGCUCAUUCAGGAAUGGACGACGCACACGCAAGAAUAGAACAAUUUUUUGCUUUUCCUUCUAGAAAUAUUGUAAACAACAACGCUUCAUUUUCCUUGCA